CUCUCGCACACUCUCUCUCUCUCUCUCUCUCUCUCUCACACACUAUGUCUCUGUCUCUGUCUCUUUCUCUCUUUCCUUCCUGAGAGAAAGCGAAAGUAUUCCUGCCCUGUUCUUCAACGCUAUUUGCUGCGUUUGGGGUUCAUAAAAACUGCAUGGUGAAUCUUUAUCUUAAUCUCUUAGCAUUUAUAAUAUUUCUUUCAAUUAUUUACUUAAAUAUAACAGUUUUAUAUAAGUGCCAACCGUUUCCGCCGAAACUUAUGGAAAACUGGGGAGAAACCGCUGAUUGCAUUUUUGGAGAUCUCAUGAAGAUCACCACGAUUGGAGCAUCUCCACAAACAGCUUCUCAGGACAACCACACAAUAAGCGGUGUGCCAGCCUCACAUAAACUGGCUGAAGUUGAUCUGGAGAGAAUGAACCAGUACAAGACCAUCAUCAAAAAAGUUGGCAGAGCUAAAAAGAUUGACCCAGCUGUGAUCGCAGGCAUCAUAUCGAGAGAAACCAGGGCUGGAUCGAGUGGAUCAGGUCUUGUUAAUGGUUGGGGAGACCACGGCAAUGCCUUUGGUCUUAUGCAGGUUGACCGACGUUACCAUAGUCCAGUGGGGGCCUGGAACGGUGAAGAUCAUAUCAUCCAAGCUACUGAUAUUUUGAUAACUUUCAUUAAAAACAUUCAACAAAAAUUCCCAAAUUGGUCCAAGGAGAAUCAGUUUAAAGGAGGAAUCGCAGCCUACAAUGCUGGCCCAGGAAACAUUGACUCUUAUGAGAACAUGGACAUGAAGACCACAGGGAGGGACUAUGCGAAUGAUGUAGUGGCUAGGGCCCAGUGGUUCAAACGCAAUGGAUUUUGAGCAAUAUAUCUUGUGAUGCACUGCAUAGAUUAUACAUUAUUUGUUGAAUAAUCUUUAUAUUGCAUGGUUUGAUCAUGUGUAUCUUGUGACUAUGCAUUAAUAAUACGAAUAACAGUGUUAGGCUUAUAAAAUAUAUUUGACAGUAAAAUAUAAAAUAUUCUACACAUGUAUUAAUUAACAGUCAAUAUAAAACUUAAUGUGUUUUCUUGAAGGUAUAUUGUGUAUUGAUGAAUUAGUAGCUUUGCUGUCACAGUAUUUUCUUGAAGGUAUAUUGUGUAUUGAUGAAUUAGUAGCUUUGCUGUCACAGUAUUUUCUUGAAGGUAUAUUGUGUAUUGAUGAAUUAGUAGCUUUUCUGUCACAGUUUGCAAAUUUUUUUUUUUGCUAAAUAAAUGCAACAAAGUAUUAGCGCAAAUAGGACAUAAGGGCCAUUGAAUAUUUCAAUGAGUAUGAAAAUUAUGAAAUUCUGUACUUUCAUCAUUUAUAAUCCAAUCAAACAUUAGGUAUUCAAGACUCGAUUUGGUCAAGUUCAAUCUGUUCAGGCUGCUCCCUUGUAUUUUAAUGUCUUAUUAAACAAAAUGUCAUAUAUUAA